AUGCACACUCAAUUUUUACAAAAACUUCUAGGGAAAUGGUUAACGCUCCUAUAGAGCACUAAGUAGGGAGUUAUGAGGGAAUUCCCACCUCCUCUGAAAUAAUCACAUCAGAGAACUAAACAUAAAAUAUUGAAAAGUUGAAAAUAAAUGUCCCAAUUAUAGUCAGUGCUUAGGGAACAUUUUAAACCACCUGAAUUUAUUUUACUUGGCAAAACAAUCCCUCCUGUCAGAAAGAAAGCACAGUGCCCUUUAACAGAGCCGUCAUCUGUUUAUUCAGCGUAGAUGAGUGCUGUAGUAAGAUUUAACCCUAAUCCACUUGCAUCUUGUUUUGAGUAAGUGGUGUUGAUAGUCACAACUGCUCUGUGCUCCUGAUAGCUAAGAGUGUAUAGCUGCUGUCCAGGGGAGAUGAAAAACAGCCAAGAAAUGAUUCACAUCCAACAUUUUUAGCUAGAAAACCACUGAGACAGAGGAGUUCUUCACAAAUGCAGAGAAAGGCAGGAAAGGCAAUGAAAGACAUGAGAAGUUGAAGGUGAGUUUUCUUUACGAGUUAUUUGUGCUUCUGAUAACAUUCGUGUUAGAUUAGGAAAAAUUAAUUUAUUAUGUGAGCAGUAAAACAUUCUAAGGAAAAAAAAUGUUAUUUUGAACAAAGAAAAGCAAUAUUGCACUAAAGUCCCAGGAUACAAAGCACAAGGUCAGAUAUCUGAGACUCACAUGAAAGUAUCAUUGUCUCCAACAGUGAAAAUAGCAAGGGGUCAUGGGAUGUGGCAUGGGAAAAUCAAGUCUCCAGGAGAAGAAAUGCACCAGAGUGAGCAUUUACUCAGUUCCAGCGAUCAGAGCGGCUCUGUUGAUCCAGCGCUGGUACCGGCAGUACGUGGCUCGGCUGGAGAUGAGACGCAGAUGCACGUGGAACAUUUUCCAGUCGAUUGAAUAUGCAGGAGAGCAAGACCAGAUAAAGCUGUACAGUUUCUUCGGCUUUUUGAUGGAUCACUUCACCCCAGCCAGUAGUGAAAGAAACCUGAUAUCGCACAUUUUCCGCGAGAACGAGAUCUGCCGUGACACCGAGUGGGAAAGAUACUUUUGCUACAAGGACAUCGAGGUACCUGACAGCUACACUGGCCCCCAUCUGACCUUCCCCAUGACGUUCUGUGGCGUGUCCAAGCUGGUGGAGGCUUUUAAGCAGAAACAACAGCUCCACGCUCGGUAUGUUCUGCAGAUUCUUGGGGAAACUUGGAGACUUCUAAGAAUCCUUCCAAACAUCAAUCACGUCUCUGUUUGCCAAACCAAAGAAAUCACAAUCUGUGGAGAUCUGCACGGGCAACUUGAAGAUCUGCUACUGAUAUUUUACAAGAAUGGUCUACCGUCCAGCGAGAAGCCAUACAUCUUUAAUGGAGACUUUGUGGACCGUGGGAAGAGCUCUUUGGAGAUUCUGCUCAUCCUCUUUGGGUUUUUGCUCGUCUACCCAAAUGAUCUGCACUUGAACAGAGGAAACCAUGAGGACCACAUUGUUAACUUAAGAUAUGGUUUUACCAAGGAGAUUUUGGGAAAAUACAGGGUGCAUGGCAAGAAGAUUCUAAAGCUUCUCCAAAAGAUCUUCAGCUGGCUUCCUCUAGCCACAGUGAUCAACGACAAGGUUCUGGUGGUUCAUGGCGGGAUAUCCAACUCGACCGACCUCAAUGUGGUCAGCAGAGUGGACAGACAUCGGUAUGUGUCAGUCCUGAGGCCUCCUAAGGUUGUCCAUCAAACCCUUAAUGGCAACAGGAAUGAAGGUGACAACGGACCUGCUGAGGGCCGGCGCCGAGUCCGCUCUCUGACUAACCACAGCUCUGCCUUGCCUCAGAGGAACAGUCUUCCUCGCCGCUCGCUGCAAAACUCAUCCAUCAGCCACCAGCUGAGUUCCUCUGUGGAGGAUGAGCUGAAGAGGCGGCGCAGGCUGGCGGGAUUUGACCAAACCUAUAAGAACGCAAAUGGGUCGGACUCUGAUUCUGAUCCAGACUUUGCAGAAGCUCCAGAAGCAAAUGGGCAUGAUUGGAAACAGAUAGUGAACCUGCUGUGGAGUGAUCCCAUGCCCCAAAACGGAUGCAUUUCCAACGAGGUGCGCGGUGGGGGCUGCUACUGGGGCCCUGAUGUUACAGAGGAGGUGCUGGGAAGACACAACCUGCAGCUUCUCAUCCGUUCCCACGAGUGCAAACAGGAUGGCUACGAGUUCUGCCACAACCGCAGGGUGCUGACAAUAUUUUCAGCCUCCAACUAUUAUGAAGUGGGCAGCAACAGAGGGGCUUACAUCCGAAUGGGAGCUGAUCUGGUUCCGCACUUUAUUCAGUACCAGGCCAGCAGGACGUGCAGAGAUCUCACCCUCAGACAGAGUGUGGGGUGGACGGAGAGAUCCGCCCUGAGAGCUCUGAGGGAGCAGCUGUUUGUGCACAAAUCAGACCUCAUCAGGGCUUACCGGGAGUUUGAUCCACAUCACACAGGGAAGAUCUCUAUGAGACACUGGGCGAGCGCUACCGAGACCGUGCUGAAGCUGGGUUUGCCCUGGAGGGUGCUGCGCUCUCAGCUUGUCAGCAGAACCCACUAUGGCAUGGUGGACUACCAGCAGUGGAUAAAGGAGCUGUCCAUCACUGAGCCAAAAUUAGAGGUGUCAGACACCAGUAUCCUGGAGACAAUGUAUAAAAAUCACUCCAAUUUGGAAACCAUCUUCCGCAUCAUAGACACGGAUCACUCAGGUUUGAUCUCUUUGGAAGAGUUUCGUCAGACUUGGAAGCUCCUGAGUUCCCAUUUGAAGAUGGAGAUCAGCGAUAAAGCAAUCACAGACUUGGCUCACAGCAUCGACUUCAACAAGGACGGCAGCAUCGACAUCAACGAGUUCAUGGAGGCUUUCCGAUUGGUCGACUUAUCCGCACAUGGCUGAAAGCCUGAAAGAGGAGCAGCACUGAACUGGACUCCCAACACUAAAUCCAUAAACCUGGCUUAGAAGCACUUAUCAGUAGAACAUUAGUAGAUUGAGUGAAUCUGGUGUUAUCUAGAAGUUUUCUACCUCAAUGUUGUUUUUUACCAUUUUUAUUUUUUAAAAUCUCAUUUUUUUCCCUUAAAAAAAAAAUAAACAUUUUGUGUGCAAGGCAUUAA